AUUACAUUACCUUACUGAUAUGAUUGUGCGACAAGUUCUCGGCUGCGACCAUGGACGACACGAGGAUAGACACGCCCGCGCGCGCUGCAAAGGACGGUCCGGUUCCUUUGCCAGCUGACGAUGCCGUCGAUGCCGAUGAAGAGCUGCCACCGCAGACCACCGCUCCCACCGCUCCCACCGCUCCCACCGCUCCCACCGCUCCCACGAUACCUACCGAGCCGCAGUCGGUGACAUCUUCGCUGCAGUCCUUCACAGACAAGGCGUUGAAUUUCUUGUCCACGGCAAGCAAUGAAACGCUGGGGGCGUGCUUGGUAGGGCUCUGUGCAACCACGUAUAUGGUGCUCGGCCGAGUCGGGCUGGUCAUCAUUGGCGUCGCAGGCGGCGUGGUGCUGCAGGCAACUUGGGACGGGACCCGGAGUGGGAGGGGAGAUCCUGCUGCGAGGCUUGCAGAGGCGGAGCGACGGCGAGAGGCAGGCGUCGACGUGGUGAAGAGAGUCUUGGAGUGGAGAAGCAGCAGCAGGGCUGAGUCCCAUGCCGAAGACAGCAGAAUAUACGCCAGCCAGGCGCUGGACUACUCUUCUUUUGAGCCUGAGACGGCCGCUGCAUUGGAUGCCUUUACCACCGCAGUCAUCAAGGACUAUGUACAUCACUGGUACAAUGCCACCAUUCCCGGCGAGGAGACGUUCCCAGCGAUCUGUAGACGAACAUUCACUGCAUUUAUGCUAUCACUGUCAGGCCACCUCCAGCGCAAACGAGCUGCUGACAGCUUCCUCGACUUCCUCACCAACGCCAGCUCCAUCCUGAUUGUCUUCCUGAACGAGCUGGCUCUCGCGCUGAAUGCUUCGCCCAGUUCAAGACCAGAAGAGGCAAUCAGUGCAUAUCUACAACUGAAGCCUGAAAGCAGCCUGGCUUACAUGCUCGAUCAAGACUCGCAGAAGAUCAAGCUGGAAGAAGCAGCGGAGGAGAUUCUCCAGGCGUACCUCGACCCCAAAUCCUACAAUUGUCCGCCAGUCCAUGCUUUCCUCAAACAAGUACAGGCGCAGUUGAUUCUUGGAUACAGCCUUACGAAAUGCUCGGAACCCUCGUGGAUUAACGAAUGGAUAGUGUAUGCAUUGGAAGAGUCGGAAACUACGAAGGAAGUCAUGGACCUUGUGGACGCUGGAGUUGAGGGACGGGCGAGGGUCGAGACACGAAAGGUCGCCCGGAAGAUGGGUCAAGAGCAAGAAGCUACCAGUGAGGAAAAGAGCACGAGCGCAGCGGCACGCAGACGAACGAUGAGCAGGGCAGAGGAAGCAAUGGAUGAGGCAAUGCGUGAGGCAAAGAGAUUGACCGAGCUUAUGAUUGAGGAGGACAAUCGCAGAGCACAUCAAGAACAAGCCAGCCAGGCGACGCCACCCAAUGUUGCGGACAGCACUGACGCGUCCACACAAGGAAUCCCAACGCCGACAUCGAGCGAGAGCGAUCGCGAUCGCCAGUCAGAGGAUUCCAGGUCAGUAGCUGGAAGCUUCGUGGCUGGGCAUAGCCGACAAGAUCACACAAGUGCUCCCAGCACGCAAUUCACAAGCUUUGAUCAGAUUGUCCCAAAGGUUCAGCCUACGGCAUUGGGAGCAUCAGAGAUCCCGAUCAAAAGGGCGCCGGUGCUGACUCUACUGAAUGCCAACAUCAGUAUCUUUGAUGACAGUGUCCCCGGGGAAAAAGCUUCUAUCAAAGCCAAGCCCAACAAUGACCUGCUCAUUCAAAUUGAGCCGGCCAACUCUGCUUUCCCUGGCUGGAUGAUUGUACGAAAGUAUGCCGAUUUCGAAACACUGCACGAAGUGUUGAGGCGCAUCUCUGUUAUCACCGGAACGCGUUUCACCGAAGCGCAUAAUGAGCUGCCGAAGUGGAAGACACAUACGAAAGCGGUGCUCCGGACUGAGCUUGAACGUUAUCUGGCUGAUGCUGUCCGCUUCCAGACACUGGCAGAGAGCGAGGGCAUGAAACGGUUUCUCGAAAAAGACCAAGGCCUCAACAAGUCUCCAAACGGCAGCAAAGGCUUCGGAUGGCCGACUCCGGAUGCGUUUGGCAAGUUGGGGGGAGACAUGAUGAAUGUCCUUACUCAAGCUCCAAAGCAAGUCGCUGGCGGAGUUGCUCAAGGUGGCAAGACUGUCUUUGGGGGCGUUGCCGGUUUCGUUGGCGCUGUUGGCAACGUUGGCAAGAAAGCAGGGCACUCGAGCACGAAUCUCAGCAGAUCUACCACAAACACCAGUAUUGACAUUACCGGUCGAGGUGCCAGUAGCAAUCGUUCGAGCAUGCAGCUUGCAGGACAAGGCUUCAUGACCGAUAGCUACUUGGGGACUAUGGACGUUGGACGCGAAAGCCAAGAGUCUUUGCGUGCCAUGCCAGAGUCUAUACAUGAGAGAAAAUUGAGCUCAGCAUCUUUGAGAAGUGAAGAGUCCAGACCAGUCCAGGCUGCUCUCUCAAGUCGUCCGGCCAGUAUCCUCAGUCAGAACGACUCCGUGCAAGCAACGACUGCAUCACCAGCUGCAUCUGCAACGCACUUACCGCCGACUCUAGAGGAAGCGCCUAGCCUGGAUACCGUCAAUCUGCCACCACCUCCUUCAGAGAUGCCGUCAGAUUAUGCCUCGCCAGUAUCGCCAAGCCGAAGCAGGAAGAGCACCGAUCUUCGCUCUGCUGCACACUCGCUGAGUAUGUUGCAGGUUGCUGACUCAGGCAACGUCACAGCGUCUGCGAUACCAGUCAAUGCCUCUAAGGUAGACACAGGUGCCAAACAAGAGCCGCAGCGGAACGUACCAUUGACUGACCGGGAGACUUCUGUUGCCGUUGAGCUCAUGUUUGCAGUCAUCUCAGAGCUUUACACACUCUCAGGCGCAUGGCAGAUUCGCAAGACACUACUCACAGCCGCAAAGACUUUCUUGCUUCGACCUGGAAAUCCACAGAUUGGCACUAUUCGCGACUUGAUACAAAUUUCGCUCCUCGACAGCAAUCUAAGCGACGCUGGACUUGCUCAUCAUAUUUACAAGCUGCGAGAAAACACUUUGCCAACUCCCGAGGAGCUCGAGAUCUGGGCGAGGGACUAUCCGGAGAAGACGCCGGAGCAAAAAGAGGAACUGCGGAUCAAGGCGAGAAAGUUGCUCGUUACGAGGGGAAUGCCGCAGGCGUUGACUAGCGUCAUGGGUGCCGCUGCCAGUGGAGAGGCGCUGGGUAAAGUCUUCGACUGCUUACAGCUCCCGGGCGUCAGUCGAGGCCUUGUAUUUGGACUUGCAUUACAGGCUUUGAGGAUCAUUACACACUGACACGAGGGUGUAUGGGACCUGCGACUGCGGUGUCCGCUGUCGGACACACCACGAAGCUUCUCCGGGACUGAGUCUCUCGCCAAGAGCGCAGACUCAUUGGAGGAGCUCUAAGCGUCACGCCAUGCUGAAGCUUGGAGCUGGACUGACAAGGCUUUGUUGAAUAGAUGCCUUUGCAUUCCUCGCAAUUGCGCACAAAGAGAUCAGGUCUGCCUGUCAAAUGCGCGAUCCUAUCGCAGCAUUUAUAUACAAGGCAUGUCCCCACUGCCGGUGCUAGAACCGUGUCGUAGCUUCGAGACAGUCCGUAUUAUUUUCUACGUAUUCGACCGCGACAAACAGCAGUGCGCCUUCGCGAAUGCCGGAUCUCAAUCCCACGCGGGAUGUUGGAGACAAAGGGAUGUGGAAGACCUACAUCAGUCAGUGGCGGCUAGACUCUUGCCGAAACAAAGACAAAUCAUUUACUGAGACAAAGAUCCUCACUCAGCUAUCAUCUAUCGCACGCGCACGUGCUUUGUAUUGUAAAAUGACAGUCACCGCAAGGACAAUUCUUGCAUUUCGUACUCUGCUUUCGAUUUCGCUCUGCCUUUCUAUACGGAAGCUUUGGCUACUGACGGACAGUGUAUAUUACUAUUACUGUCCCUAGCAGAGUCUACCUAUACGCAGUCAGCAUCAACAGCAUAGGGACACGGAGCCGGUCUUCGUACACUGCAGGCGACGUGGCUGCUCAUCACCUCUACCAUUGAAGAACUUGAAGCCACAACCAUCGAAUUCUGCCAGCACUGAACAUCAUGCCUCGCCAACUAACUAUUACACCGGCACCAUUCAAGUCCUCUUACCUCGCCAUUCC